AUGGUUCUAAUCUAUGUCAAAUCGGGUGAAUGGAUGUGUAGUCGCGGUGAUGACUGGAGUUUCGUGGUAGACAAAGAAAGGCGUGGUCGAAUGGUAACAUUAGCAACUACUACUACGUUGAAGCAGCUCAAGAUAACGGUGUGUGAGGAUUAUGGGGUGGACCAUAAUGCCAUUAAUGCCGAGUUCAGUUAUUCGUUGUUGAAUCAAAAAGGGAAUCCUCCAAUUAUUAUCACCAAUGAUCGGCAAGCAUCUAAUUUUGUGGGCUAUGCAAAGAGGGAAUCGUCCACUACCUUGUGUGUGAUGUUCUCUGUUUCUGGUGUAAAUCAAAAGGAACGAGUCAAUAUCGAUUUGAAUAAGGAGCCUUGUGAUUCAAGUAAUGUUGAGGAUGAAGAAGUUCCUGAGAUAAAUCGAGCAGAGUUUGUCAAGCCGUCAAAAGAGUCUUUUGUUAAAAGAACGAAUCAUGUCGCUGCGGAUGGUUGCGGUGCUUUAAGGAGUGAAAACAUUGAACUUUGUCAAAACAAUGGAGACAGUGAUAAGGAUGGUCGAGCUUGGAGAGGAGACUUCGUGAAGAAGGAUCAAAUUUUCACAAGUAAAGGGGUUCUGAAGGCAACAAUGGAAAUUUUGGCGAUGAAGAAUAAUUUCGAUUACACUGUUAUCAAAUCCACGAGAAAAUGGUGGUAUAUUCGAUGUAAGGAUGCAUUGUGCAACUGGACUAUGCGUGCAGAAGGAAUAGAUGGGUCUACAUAUUUCAUGAUCAACCAAUGUGAUGGAAGACAUUCAUGUGCUCCUUCAAAGAAAAGGAAAUUCGGAAAAACAGCAUCUGCAAGAACAAUUGGGACUCUGAUACAACAUCGAUUUGAUGAUACAAACGAUGGCCCAAAACCGAAUGACAUCAUUCAAUUUAUGAGAAUGGAGCAUAGUUGUGAGAUUACUUAUUGGCACGCUUGGGAAGCUCGUGAGUUUGCUAUUGCAGCUGCUAGAGUUAGAGGAUUCUACAAUGCAAUGCGAAGGGUGAUUGUCGUUGACGGAACUUUUCUGAAAAAUAAAUACAAAGGGACACUUCUUGUUGCUACUGCUGUAGAUGGUAACUCUAAUUUGUAUCCGAUUGCAUUUGGGGUUGUUGAUUCAGAGAAUGACGAUUCAUGGGGGUGGUUCUUCAGACAGUUGAAAGUGGUUAUUGCUGAUUGUCAAGAUCUAGCUUUUGUCUCAGAUAGAAAUGCGUCUAUUUCUAAAGCUAUUGGGACUGUCUACCCUCGAUCAGCACAUGGAAUUUGCAUUCAUCACUUAUUAACCAAUGUGGUCUCAUUUUUCAAGACAAAAGGAUUGACUGCGUUGGUGGAAAAGGCUUCACGGGCAUAUAGGUACACUGAAUUUCAAGAACGUAUCACCGAAAUUUUUGAUAUGAGUCCUGAGCUUGGAAGAUAUCUACGGGAGGCUGAUGUGCGCAAAUGGGCUCGUUCUCUCUUCCCUGGCUCCAGGUAUGACAUUAGGACCACGAACCCUGCAGAGUCUAUAAAUUCAGUUCUUAGAAUACCUAGAGAAUAUCCGGUUAUUCCUUUGCUUGAUAGUAUAAGAGAACUGUUGACUCGAUGGUUCUAUGAGCGUCGCUUGUUAAGCUCAAAGCAUGUAGAUCCUUUAACCGCCAAGGUGGAGAGAAAGAUUGAUAGGAGAAUUGUGAAGGCAAAAGGAUUCCAGGUUUACAAGGUUGACAACUUCAGAUCGGUUGUAAAAGGAGACAUAUAUGAUUGUCAUGUUGAUUUGGAAAGAAGAACAUGCACAUGUGGUAAGUAUGAUAUAGGAAAAAUUCCUUGCCGACACGCCAUUCCUGCAAUUUAUUCACGAGGUAUGGAAGUGCACAGAUUCACUGACGCCUUGUACAGCACUGCAGCGUGGAGAACCGCCUAUGCAGAUUCCAUUAAUCCAAUAGCAGUUCUAGAGUCUGAAUGGAAUGUCCCUGCUGAGGUUAAACUUGCAAAUGUUUUACCACCAAAGACAAGAAAGAGUGCUGGUCGACCAGUAAAGAGAAGGUAUGAAUCAGUAGAAGACAAGAUCGCAUCUUCUCAAGGAUCAAGUAAGAAUAAAAAGCAUAAGUGCAGCCGUUGUGGAACUGAAGGACACAAGAGAGGAACAUGCGAUUUACCCAUCUAG